GAGUGUCAUGCUGUUUCUCCCGUUUUCCACAGUUCACGGGAGGUAAAAGAAGUCUGGGUGGAGGCCCUCCGAGGAGCCAAGGCCACACAGGAGCAAAGUUCAUCACUGGACAGUCGGUCCAAACUCUAAUGAAGUUGACAAGCAGCUGCCAUGCUUCAAAAACACUAAAUGCCAGUAAUAUGGAGACAUUAAUUGAAUGUCGAUCAGAGGGUGACAUCAAGGAACAUCCUCUGCUGGCAUCAUGUGAGGGCGAAGACGGUCUUUGCCAGCUAAUUGAAAUUAAGAAGAGAAAGAAGGUGUUGAACUGGCUCUUCCUCAUGAGAAGGCUUUCUUCUUCAUCAGAUUUUUCUGGGGCUUCAGAGCCAGAAUUGAAGUCAUCCCUGUUUGAUCAGCCCUUGUCAGCUAUCUGCAGUGACAAUGACACACUCCCCAGACCCAUUCAGGAUAUUCUCACUAUACUAUGCCUUAAAGGCCCUUCCACUGAAGGAAUAUUCAGGAAAGCAGCCAACGAGAAAGCCCGUAAAGAGCUCAAGGAAGAGCUCAACUCCGGAGGCGUGGUGGAUCUGAAAAGUCUCCCCGUGCACCUCUUGGCGGUGGUCUUUAAGGACUUCCUCAGAAGUAUCCCACUGAAGCUCCUGUCCUGCGACCUGUUUGAGGAGUGGAUGGGUGCCCUGGAGAAGCAGAGUGAGGAGGACAGGAUCGAGGCCCUGAAGCAGGUUGCAGAGAAGCUCCCGCAGCCCAACCACCUGCUGCUCAAGCACCUGGUCUCCGUGCUCCACGUCAUCAGCAAGAACUCUGAGGUCAACAGGAUGGAUGCCAGCAAUCUCGCCAUCUGCAUCGGGCCCAAUGUGCUGAGCCCGGAGAAUGAGCAAAACCUGUCAUUCGAAGCCCGGAGAGACCUGAAUGAUAAGGUUAAGACACUGGUGGAAUUCCUCAUCGAUAACUGCUUUGAAAUAUUUGGGGAGAACAUGCCAGGGCAUUCCAGAAUUGCUUCUGAUGACUCCCUGGAACACACUGACAGUUCAGACGUGUCGACCCUGCAGAACGACUCGGCCUAUGACAGCAACGACCCCGACCCCGACGCGGAGCCCAGCGCUGUGGGGUCCCUGAGCAGGUGGCCCCCAGGGUCCUCGGACCCGGCUGCCAGCCUGGAGCCCAGAGGCCCGCUGCACCCUUGGGAGCCUGUCCUCAGCAGUGCGCCCAGACUGAAAGGCUCCCUCGGGCAACCAGACAGGAGGUACUCGGACCCCAGCACAGCAGCAUCGUCGCAGGAGUGCCUUGAGGGCAGGAAAGCAAACCCGAAACUCACGCGAAGUGAAGAUGACUUCACCGCGGCCCAGGCGGCCCCUCGUUUUGCAAGUGAGGAAGCUGAGGACCCAUUUCCAGAGGAGGUGUUUACUGCAGCGGAAGGCAAAACCCAGGGGCCGCGAGACACGAGGGUGCGGAGCCUGGCUCAGGGUUUGGUGUCAGCGUGCACACUGGCCCCCAAAGCCGGCUCCAGUGGCUCCCUGGAUGUGCUCUCCGACAGCUCAGCCCUGGCUUCUCCUUCCAGUCCCAAAAGAAACUUCUUCACCAGACAUCAGUCUUUCACAAAGACUGAGAAAAGUAAGCCCGACAGAGAAAUAAAAAAACACUCCAUGUCAUUCUCCUUUGCCUCUCACCAAAAAGUGUUAACCAAAACCCGCAGCUCUGCUGUGGCUGUGAAAUCCAAGGGCUGCGCCAGAGACCAAGUAAAGAAAGGUCUUAAAAAAGAAAGCCAGCUUGCCGGCCGAAUCGUCCAAGAAAACUUGCCUGACACCCACGGCCAAGCAGCUGUGGACUUUACCUCGGGGGCCCACUCCCUCUUGGUGGAGAACGCGUUCCAGCCGGUGGAUCAGAGGAGCCCUGGCGGCCCCCCCUCCUACGAGGAGGCCAUUCGGCACCAGGCCUUGGAGCUCGCCACCUACGGGAGCCAAACAGUUGGCAGCAUGAGGGCCAGGAUGCUGAGCCUGGACGCCCGGCUACCGCCGCCUCUCCCUGUCCACCAUGGAGGGGACUCAAGAAAUACAUGCAGUCAGGAGUCACUGGAUGGGCCCCGACUGUGGCCCAGGAUUGAGAGCUGGAAGCGGAGCAGGACUGCCUGUGCUUCUAUAGACAUGACCGGACAGGUGACUGUCACCAGGAGGCCUGAGUUGCCUCGGCCGAGAACUGUGUCUGAGUCUCAACAGAAGAACCAGCAGGCCCUCCUGGCCCGGCGGUGUAGUCAGCCCGUCUUUGAUGCUGAUCAGUUCCGAUUUGCUAAGGAAUCCUACAUCUAGG